AAACCCAUUUUUCCGAAUUGCAAGUGCGAAGCUUCGAAGGCCAUGCACGCGCGGUAGAUACGGUAGAUCUACCAUGAGGUUUCCAGCUGUUUGUAUCCCGUCAGCAAAUCAACGAGAAGCUGGCUCAGCUGAUUUCUCUCUCUACUCAUACCAAGAGUACAUAACCCCGUACUCUUGCUCAUACUAGUAGUUGAGAGUUUUGAAAUGUGACUUUCAGUUUUACAGUACAUGUACUUCGAAACAAUCUCUUCAAUUUCCAGAAAAUAUAUUAUUAUGUAUCUCUAAGUCUUGUAGUAAUUAGUUGAGCCUGCGUGUCAGUCCUUUGCGGUAAGCAAAAGUAGCCCCGGAGGCUGGUUGGUGGCAAUGGUUGUCAUCGUGUCGGCGAGAAGGAAAUUGUUCCCGUUGCUGCUGAUAAGCGUGGCACUGUGCACACCGUUCUCCCACGUGGGUAGCAAUGCGGUCGAUGGUCAAUUAGACCUACCGGACUUCGGCGAACAAGAAGAUGCUCGGGCAGAAGAAAACUCAUCUGACAAAGUUCCAGCGCAAUGUGAUGCUGAGCCAGGAAAAGACUGUACAAGAACCCCAGUCCACUACCAGGAGUCACCACCGGCCCAGGACUCCCCUCUGUCAGGGAACCAUCAUGCGGGUGCGGAAGAGGAGAGCAACCUAAACCCAUCCUCUGUUGACGAUGCCCAGAGCCUCGAAGCGUUUCAGCAAGCGUUUCUGACCGCCGCAUCAAUCGAGAAAGACGAUGCAGAGCUUUGGGAUGCGCCCAUACAGCUUGUGCGACCCAAUCCCAAAGGUCACGAGGAGCUGGAAAUCGUCGAGGAGGGUCUCAAGCGCCUGGCACAGGUUCCGUCUCCUCUCGCCCUGAUUGCAGUGGUGGGCAAGUUCCACACCGGCAAGUCGUUCCUUCUCAACCAGGUGAUGCGCAAGCAGCGUGGCUUCGGUGUUGGCAGCACCGUGCGUCCCGAGACUAUGGGCAUCUGGAUGUGGGGAAAGCCUAUGACCAUGACUCUGGAGUCUGGCGUGAAUAUCUCCGUUGUUUUCAUCGAUACAGAAGGAUUUGCUGCAUCCAACAUAUCCGAAUCCUACGAUGCUAAAGUCUUCGCUGUCGCCUCACUGCUUAGUUCCUAUCUGAUUUACAACUCUGUGAAGAUCAUUGAUCAGAGUGAUAUUGAUUACCUGGAGCUGUUAUCAAGACGCACGCAGCUGUUUGCGCUGCAGUCACAGCUCAAUGCGGAGAAGUAUGCUCUGGAGUUCAACCACAACUUGCUCAAGUUUCCCUCAUUGCUCUGGGUCGUGCAAGACUUUGUACAGGCAGGUCUGAGUGGCAACGAGGGCCAGAGUGCACAGGACUGGCUCAAGCAGUUGAUGAGAACCUCUACUCGCGAGCAAGAACAUGAGAUCAGCUUACUUGACAUCUUUGAGUCAGUCGACUGUCAUACUCUCUUCCUACCUGCUAUCAGGAAAGUGCUACUGGAAGACUUGUCGCAGGCUCAUGAAGAAGACUUGACAGAAGAGUACCGAGCUGAACGCGAUGAUCUUAUCGAGAAGUUGCGGCGUGGUCUUGUAGCUAAGGAAAGAAAUGGUGUUCCCGUUGACGGUGCAGAGCUGGCCUUGCUCAUCAAGUUGCUUGUCACCGCUGCCAAUCAAGGAUCUCUUGCUGAGAUUCCUGGUCGCUGGGGUGCCUUCACUCAACACCUGCUACAGACUGCUUACCACGAGUGUCUGAAUUUCUUUGACGCUGAGAGUGAUAAACUGCUGCAUGGUGGUCAGCGAAAGAAAGCUCCAUCAUCGUCAACGGCUCUAGGAAACGCUGCAUUGCAUACAUGGUUCAGCGCAACUGCUAACAAGACGUUGCAGGUGAUGGAGAGACUACUUAUUGGACUAGGAAGUAGCUUGAAGCAGUCCACCGUCAGAGUGCAGAAGGCCCUGUCUCGCCGGUAUGACACUAUCAUUGAGCUGAAUGCUCGCCGCGUCGACAUUCUGUGCCAGCAGACUCAGCGCAACAUCGAGGUUCAAGUAGAGCACGAAGCCAGCAAGCUUUCUCUACCCCAGCCGCUGAAGCAUCUCAAGGAUCACCUGUGGAGUAUCGUCGUGGAGCGAGGGUUCAACCCAUUUGCCAAGACUCUGGCGCAUAUCAAUGAUACUGACUCGUACAGGACAUACAACAGCUCCCUGGAAGAUAUCCUCUCUCGCACCGUGGACAAAUUCACGUCCAAGAAUCGAGAAGCAUUCGUGGACAUGCUGAACAAAAUCGAUCAAGAUGCUGUUGCGUUGUACCACACUGGCAUAAAACCAGAACUUGUCCGCCCGCUCACCACCAAACAGCUGCAAGUGCUACAACGCGAUGAGUCUGACAAGGCAACACAGCACUGGGUGGAGGAAAGCGUGGCGGCCAAAGAUGAACCGGACUAUGAGAGGUUCAAGUCCUCUUUCAUGCAUAGCCUGAUGGCGGCCCAGAAAGAAACGGGAGCUGCCAAUGAGAAGCGUGUCAGAGCUCUGUGUGAUUCCACGGUGUCCAGUGUGCUGGAUAUGCUGCACGAGCGCUUCAACUCCAAAGUGAUCGCAUUGCCGACGAAUGAGUCACAUAUCCAGUCUCG